UCAUUUCACAGAGUCAAUAAUUCAUUUUCCUUGACAAGAAGAAGCAUUUAAUUUUAUCAAAAUUUUGCAAAUAUUUAUUUUAUUUACAUAAAAAUGUCUUUUCAUUUGAGUACGAAGGAACGCCUGCUUCUUUUAAUAGACGACAUGGAAUUAAUAUCAAAGGAGUUGAUAGAUAAUCUAUCGCCAAAACAUCAAAAAAUAUCGACUGCAGAACACACUGCAUUAGUUGAUUUGUUGGUUGCCAAGGAUGAAGAAUUUCGCAAAAUGCUUGAAUUGGCUGAUGAACAGGCAAAGUUGGAACAAAAAAUGGAUGACUUGAAAGCUAAAGUAGAUGUACAGGAUCGUGAAAUACAAAAGCUACAGAAGUCUCUCAAAGAGGCGGAACAUAUUCUAUCAACUGCAAUUUUCCAAGCACGUCGUAAAUUAGCCAGUAUUAAUCAAGCCAAUAAAAGACCCGUAUCGUCAGAGGAAUUGAUCAAGUAUGCCCAUCGUAUAAGUUCCGCAAAUGCUGUUAGUGCACCUUUAACUUGGUGUAUCGGAGAUGUUCGACGUCCGUAUCCAACGGAUAUUGAAAUGCGAAAUGGGUUUCUGGGAAAAUCAGAUCUCAAUAUCAACGGUGGUGGCGUAGCCCAUCAAAAUAGUAUGGCGGAAAAUCAACGAAACAUUAAUGAAGUGCCAAAUGCUUUUCAAAAUCAGUUCAACUGGACUAAUAUGGGUGAAUUACACAUGUCUAUGGGUUCCUCGGGUAAUUCUGUCGCGCUGGAAACCCGAUCUCAUAAGGAAGCUUCUCAGGAUGAUGUAGAAGUUAUGUCAACCGAUAGCUCUAGUUCGAGUUCUAGUGAUUCGCAGUAGUUUUAAGAAAUACCUAUGUGUAUAUAAUGUAAUACAAAUUUUUAAAUUUAAUUGAUUUUUUUAUAUUAAAAAGUCCUACAAAAAUAUUCCUGUGAAGUAAUAAUACAAAAGAUAUUGAUUUAAGUCGAGAAACUCAUUAAUAAAUCUUUUUCGAAAAUUUAGUUUUCUUUACAUGAGUAGCCGGGUAAAGAAUAAAGAA